AUGAGCAAGGACAAGCAGAGCAAGCAGGUGCCAGAGUCCACCGGACCUCUGUCCCCGUCCAAAGGCCAGAAACCCCCCAGGAUGCCCAAGUGCUCCCGCUGUAGGAACCACGGCUAUGUGUCUCCUCUGAAGGGACACAAGCGCUUUUGCAACUGGAGGGACUGUCAGUGUCCCAAAUGUAAACUGAUAGCUGAGCGGCAGAGAGUCAUGGCGGCCCAGGUUGCCCUGAGACGGCAGCAGGCUCAGGAGGAGGAGCUUGGGAUUUGUAGUCCGGUGGCUCUGUCCGGUCCUGAGGUGAUGGUGAAGAAUGAAGCCGGAGCAGACUGCUUGUUCUCUGUGGAGGGUCAAUCCCCAACUCCUACCAGUACCUCCACUUCUUCUCUUCCUGUCACAGGGAGUCGCUCUACGCCAUCCUCCAGCCCGUCGGCUGGUGCCCGGGCUCAUGCUGAGGGACCAUCUGACCUGCUGCUGGAAACCUCCUAUUACAACUUCUACCAGCCUUCACGCUACUCCACCUACUACGGCAACCUUUACAACUACCAGCAAUACCAGGUGGAGGAUGAUAAUAUAAGGUGGUGUGGUGCUUCCAGACAGGAGAUGGUGCCAGAUAAGAAGACAGGCCCUCUCAGGGAGAUGCCCCAUGCUGAUGGACGACUGUCAAGCCAUAACAUGUCCUCUCAGUACCGCAUGCAUUCCUACUACCCAGCAACCACCUACCUGACUCAGGGCCUGGGCUCCACCACCUGUGUGCCACCCCUCUUCAGCUUGGACGACAACAACAACAACAACAACAACAACAACAACAACAACAACUGCUCUGAGACCAUGGCAGCCUCGGCCUUCUCUCCUGGCAGCAUCCCCACUGGUCACGACUCCACCAUGACCUGCAGGUCCAUCAGCUCCCUGGUUAACUCUGAUGUCCAUGUGGAAUGUGAGGCCAGCAGCGAGACGCCAAACUUCACCGUCAACUCCAUCAUGGAUGGUGAUGCCACCAAAUAAAAGAAGCUAAGGAUACAUUUUUAUGACAAAGGCAUUAUGAGAUCAGUUGAGCAAAAAACUUGAUGUUCUUGCAAAACAGUUUCACCGUUCACUGUUGCUGUAAGUUUCUCUGUUUCUGUCCAGGUGACACAAUAACGUAUAGUCCAUACUGUAGUUGAGAAUAUAGGUUGUUUUUGUAUUUUUAGUUCAUUUCUAGCCUCAAAGGUGUUGAAUCUUCUGUUGAAGGCAGUUCACCAGCAUAGAAAGUGCUUGGAAAGUUAAAAGAAAAUGUACAAGUUCACAAAUACCAACAGAUAUUUGAGAAGCACUUCUCAGAAUUCGGCCAUUUGGAUAGAUUCUUUGUAAAGACAAUGUUAAAGAUGACUAAACAUACAACAGUUAAGUCUCUCGAUUAUCAGGAAUCAACUCAAGCUAGACUGUGACUUGUACACUUGUUUUUCAUCCCCGGAGUGCAACCGUUAAAGUAAAUUGUUUUUAUUAUCCAAAGGUUCAAGUGACGCAACAUACAGAAUAAUGAUACUGAAAUCCUUUCCAGCUUACAGUAAAUUUGACUAGUGCAGUUUUCGCACAGUAUCAGUCAUAAAGUGUUUCUGUUAACAGUGAAUGAGCGGCAAUUAGUUGGAUAUUACUGCAUCAUCUUUUGACAAUCACAAUACAGUCUUAUAUAUUAGAUAUAAGAUAUAUUGAACAAAGAAAUUGGAAUCAUUGUCACUGUGCAUCACAAGCACUUAUUUAGAAAAUGUUUUUAGAAAAGCUUUUCUCAAAUACACUCAUGUACAUGCACUGGUUUCUAGUGUUUUCUCCCUAAUCAGUAGGUUGACAUGGAAUACUUAGUGUAGUAUUUGUAUUAGUUUAUAUUAUUAGUUUGUCAACUUGUAAAAUCUGUUUUUGGACCAGUGAAUUAAUAGACAACCCAACCCUAGAGGAUUCCAACCUAACCUAGCAAACAUUGGUUUAGGGAUUUGCAAGUCAAAAGAUGUCUAGAUAAAAAGGUUGAAUUGGACACAUUUAGUUCAAAGGUAUGUUUUUUUUUUGUCUUUUCUUUUGAUGUUAGAGUAUCUUAACACAGUCUGAAAAUCAGUAUUUUAUUUACCUCUACUAUACUUCAGCAACGUGAGAAGUUAGCAAGUUAGUAAUUUAUCUUCAGCGGGGUCGUUCAGUUACAUAUCAUUAGGACGUGCUUCUCUUUGAAAUAUUGUUAUUAAGAUGCUGUUUAAACAACGGUUAGGAGUAACCUAGAUUUUAUAAAAACUGACGCCCAUCCAAUACCAGAUUUUUAGGCCGAUAUAUCAGUAUUUCAGUUUAAAACUCAGAUAAUGAUACAUUGGAUAUUAUUAUUUUCACUAAGAUUACUUAAAGUAGUUUUUAAAGAAUUGUGACCAAGAAAUUUACUGAGCCUGAUGUUUUAUUUUAUUUAUAUUUUAUUAGACACUACAUAAAUGUCAUGGUGGCUCUUUUUCUAAAUGACCUCAAACAUCUUGUUGGCAUUUCUGUACAGCAGUUUCUUGUUAGUCAUCGGCUGACAUAUACACCAAUAUGAACAUAUCUAGCAAAAGGCUAAUAUUGGUUGAUAGAUCAGCCGGGAUGAUAUGUCGGUGUUGCUCAUAAAAUUUUAAACCAAAUUUUACCCAGAUUUAUGCCUAGACAUCUUUUGACCUGCACCGCUGGAAUACAGUAUUUACCCCUAAGAAAAAUCUGAUAAUUUUGGCAAAGUCAAACGAUUUUAAAGAUGGUAAAAAGUUUAUGCAUUUCUUUAUUCCUGGUAUAAAUGAAUGAGUCACUGAAUUAAAGUUUAGAGUAGAGAACAUGUGUGACACCGUCAAGACUGGAGGGUUAGCAGGGAGAAAAAGGCAAACAGGCAGGUUAGACAUGAAUCAUGUUUCCCUCCGUGUUGGCGUGUGAUGAGCACCAACUGCUUAUUUAUGGCACCGAUCCAGCGGCAUCGUUUAUAGCAGAGAAUUUGCAUGUCUAAUGUAUAUUUAACCCCUUCAGGCCAGGCGGUUUGCUGUGCACACAGGUUACUGUUUAGAACUGUUUACACACGUUGGUACAGCCUUAUAGAUACAGCAGAGGCAGGGGUUCUGAAAUUGUUGCAGUAAUGUGUAGAAACAAUGAGAUGAUUAAUUGAUCAGCAGCUAUUUGGAUUAUUAGUUAAUAAUUUAAGGCAUUUUUUCAAGCAGAAAUGCUAAAAAUGUUGUGUUUUCAGCUUCUCAAAUGUUAGGAGUUGUUGCUUUUUCUUGAAUAUCUUUGGGUUUUGGACUGUCGGGAUGUUGCCUUGGGAUCUGAGAAAUUACGAUUUUGCCAUUGUUAUUGAUGUUUUUUGCAGACCCGAUAACUAAUCCAUUAAUCACGAGAUUAAUCGAUAAUAAAAACCAAUUGUUAGCUGCAGCCCAAUUGUGUUUUUUAACAGAUAAAAUACCCGUUCAUUGUUUUUGUUGUGCAAGUGCCCCAAACAAACUCUUUUUCUAUUUCAUGAACUAAUGAAAGUAAUCCUGUGUUAACCACUUUUGAGUUGUGUUGUUGUGUUAAUUAAAAAAAACAACUCAGAUGAGAUUUUGCCAACUUUUCUGCCUUUGUGAAGCUGACUCAUACACUACUGUACUGUAUAUUGUUUAUGUGUUUUGUGUUUUAUGGGGAUUCAUUUCCAACUGCAUGCUUUGAAAGUGUUUAUUUGUGUUUGUGUUUGAAUAACACAGCAACAAAAGUAAUUUGAAGUCUUGGAGUUUAUGUCGCUACAAGUUUUAGGGAAAUAAAAACGCUCUAAGUGAUGGAGUGUAAAUGUGAUGGUGUCCUGGAAACAACAAUAUAAAACAGACAAAGAAAAUUACUUGUAUUUUCUUUCUGCUGCGCUGUGGGAACAUUCAUUGGAUUCUGCCCCAUCUGUUGUAAUCAAUAACGUGACCAUCUUGUUUUUUUAUGAAAUGCACUUACUCUUAAUUUCAUCCACCAGUGGUUUUAGAGAGAAGAAUGUGGAGUUACCUAUAAGACUUUGACAUUAUAAAUCACCUCUUGAGACCAGAUUGUACAGCAGUAUCGAUUGAUCCUGAUAUAUCACAGAAAUUUACUGUCACUUCUGUUUUCAAUUAAAGAUACAAUCAGUCAGAUAAUGACUUAAUUGGA